AAACACAGUCUUAUUAUAAAGGAAAGAAAGAAAAAAACUUUCCUAAUUGGAUCAUACCAAAGCCUGAGCUCUUCUUUAUCUCUCUUCUUGUAGUUUCUUGUUUUGUUUGGUUCUUUUAGAGAAAGAAGUUUUUCUUAAAAUGGGAAGGGGUAGGGUUCAAUUGAAGAGGAUAGAGAACAAGAUCAAUAGACAAGUGACAUUCUCGAAAAGAAGAGCUGGUCUUUUGAAGAAAGCUCAUGAGAUCUCUGUUCUUUGUGAUGCUGAAGUUGCCCUUGUUGUCUUCUCCCAUAAGGGGAAACUCUUCGAAUACUCCACUGAUUCUUGUAUGGAGAAGAUACUUGAGCGCUAUGAGAGGUACUCAUACGCCGAGAGACAGCUUAUUGCACCUGAGUCGGACGUCAAUACGAACUGGUCGAUGGAGUAUAACAGGCUUAAGGCUAAGAUUGAGCUUCUGGAGAGAAACCAGAGGCAUUAUCUUGGAGAAGACUUGCAAGCAAUGAGCCCUAAGGAGCUCCAGAAUCUGGAGCAGCAGCUUGACACAGCUCUUAAACACAUCCGUUCUAGAAAAAACCAACUUAUGUACGACUCCAUCAAUGAGCUCCAAAGAAAGGAGAAGGCCAUACAGGAGCAAAACAGCAUGCUUUCCAAACAGAUCAAGGAGAGGGAAAAGAUUCUUAGGGCACAACAAGAGCAAUGGGAUCAGCAGAACCAUGGCCACAAUAUGCCUCCCCCUCCGCCACCACAGCAGCAGCAGCAUCAAAUCCAGCAUCCUUACAUGCUCUCCCAUCAGCCAUCUCCUUUUCUCAACAUGGGUGGUCUGUAUCAAGAAGAAGAUCCAAUGGCAAUGAGGAGGAACGAUCUUGAUCUGUCUCUUGAACCCGUUUACAACUGCAACCUUGGCUGCUUUGCCGCAUGAAGCAAUUCGAUAUAUAUUUAUAAUCGUCAAUAAUAAAAGCGAUCAGCCAAAUAUAUAGAAAUAGUGGCUAUUCCCUUUUCAUAUAAUUAAUUAAAUAUCUUCU